AUGGCCAGAACAGUCAAGGCAGCAGUCGUUCAGCUGUAUCCAGAGCCUCUGCAACCAGAGCGCAACUUCAACAAAGCCACGGCCUUUAUCCGUUCUGCAGCAACCCAAGGGGCAGAACUCGCUGUCCUACCAGAAUAUCAUCUCACGAGCUGGAGGCCGAAUGAUGCAGCCUUCCUCGAUGCCGUGGAGAAGAGCGCGGGGUAUCUUGAAAGAUACCAAGCUUUAGCCAAAGAGUGCCGGAUCUGCAUUGUCCCCGGCACAAUUGUCGAGCUACACCGAGAGAACGAAAAGGCCGAGGACAAACUCCUCAACGUCUGUUACUUUAUCGAUCACGAGGGCAACAUCGCCGGCAAGUACGUCAAAAAGAAUCUUUGGGGCCCUGAGCGUGAGCACUUGACUGGUUCGGGCCGCGAUAUCCACGACGUCUUCGACACGCCGAUUGGCAAGGUGGGCUUGUUAAUAUGCUGGGAUUUGGCUUUUCCGGAAGCGUUCCGCGAACUCAUUGCGCAGGGUGCAAAGAUCAUCAUUAUACCCACGUUCUGGACACUCAGAGACUGCAAUGAGGCGGGUUUGAAGCAGAACCCCGCGGCUGAGGCGCUGUUCUUGGAUUCAAUGUUGACGGCCAGGGCGUUUGAGAACACGUGUGCUGUUGUUUUUGCAAAUGCGGGGGGGCCGGCUGGGGAGGGCUAUGCGGGCUUGAGUCAGGUCACAGUACCGUUUGUGGGUGCGUUGGCAAAGUUGGGGGGAGCCGCCGAGGGCAUGAGUGUUGUCGACAUUGACAUGCAGGUGCUGGAGGAUGCUGAAGCAAACUAUCAGGUCAGAGCGGAUUUGGCGAGGGAUGAUUGGCACUACGAUUAUCGGCAUGCGAGGGGAGAGGCGGAGAAGAGUAAGAAUUGA